AGCGACAAGAUGAGUUUUUUCAACUCCCUGUCUGAAUACGUCAGCAACAGCGUCGCCGGUUUAUCGCUAAGUCCGAAAAGAUUUUCACUGAGCAGAACAGACACAUCCGAAAGCUCGGCAGGUGUAUCGCCAGGUUCUCGUAGCAACUCUGGAGACAGCAACACUCCGGGAUUCCCCAAAGUCGUACCCGCUCCGGGUGCGAGUGCCCUGGUCCAGAGGCGACGCAGUACUCUAGAAACCCUAGUACCCACCCCUCCAGUUCGGAGACCUGGAUCGUUCAGAGUGAGGUCGCCGAAAACGACGACAGAAAGACCUUCUACGUUCUGUUGUAGAAGAUUGAGUUGGCCGGAAAUCGAUCAUCAGGUUAGAUCUGGAGUUCAGGACAUAGACGGUUCAUAUUUUGAGAGUUUCACCGCUCUGGCGUGGAAGCAAGAAAACCAGCGACAGAGUGUACUCAGAAACGCAGAAGCGGUUGCUUCUGAGGCUCCUCCUCCUGAACAAGAUUUAGGCAUCAAUCCUCUGGAUUAUUCCUCUUCACAAAAUGAAAAGGACAAGCUCUACGUCGAAAUGCUCUACACGAUUGCAAAUACGGUUGGCGCGCCUGCUCCUGGUGGUCAAUACGCACACUACAAGGAAGAUUUAUACUUAUAUGGACAAAGGGCAUUUGGUAUGCCCCCCGACAGACAUUACAGAAUGCUGCACGUUGCUGGAGAGGAGCAACCACCCAUCGUCGUACUUAGCGUUAUAGUAAUAGAAGCUGAAGGCUUGGAAGCAAAAGAUGCAAACGGUUUUAGUGAUCCAUACUGUAUGCUGGGUAUACAACCAAUGGCAGCUCCAAGCUCACCCCAACCCUUAACACCAAAUCGCACACUAUCUGAUGCCUGUUCACCCUGUGGGAUUAAUCCCAAUUUUGGUGAUCUAAAUCAUGCUAGUGGUGGAGAAAAACUUAGAAAACAUCACAGUUUUAAAUUAAGUUUCAAGAGGAAGGAGGGCAGAGUUCGCGAACACAGAGACAGUCUAGGCGGUGCUCUACCAGCCAAAUUUAUUAGAGCCACUUCCGUCAAACCUCACACGCUGAAUCCAAAGUGGAACGAAAAAUUUCGAUUCGACAUUGACGACAUUAACAGCGAUUCAUUACAUCUGGAUAUCUGGGACCAUGAUGACGAAAGCUCAGUUUUAGAAGCAGUAAGCAAAUUGAACGAGGUACGAGGUGUCAGAGGUUUAGGAAGAUUUUUUAAGCAAGUCUGCCAGUCAGCUAGGCAGAGUUCACAAGAUGACUUUUUGGGCUGUGUCACGAUACCUUUACAAGAUAUUCCAUCCACCGGAUUAGAAGGUUGGUUCAGAUUAGAAGCUAGGUCCCAAAGGAGUUCAGUACAGGGAAGAAUAAGGCUGAAAAUGUGGUUAUCUACAAGAGAAAAUCGCGGUGCAGCCGAUGACGACAACUGGACAGAACUGACUCAACACGAGAGUCUCUAUGCCACAUUCGUGGACUACGAAUUGAAAAACUGGGAUAGAGAAACAUGGUCUUGGCCUGGAGACUUACCGGGACCAGCUCUCACCAUACUACACCAACAUGCAGUACAAGGUGACCUAACCGAACUGCAAACUGCGCUGGCGAGGUUCGUGGCCGCGUCCAGGAUUUACCUCAAAAACCCGCUGGACCCGCGAUGGAUGCUGCAACUUUUGACCGAUAUCGAGGACGCCUGGAUGAACUUCACCCUCACGAGGGAGGAGGAGAUGUGGAUGGCCGAAAAGUUUACAGCCAUGCAAGAGAGAUGGCUUCAGCAGUUGAGACAUCAUAGACAGCUAUUCCCAGCCCUUCAUCCGCCAUCCCUAACAAGAUUAGAAUAUCUUCUAAGAUGCCUGGCUUACCUGUCAAAUAUGAAAUCCUUUUGGAAAUGUUGUCCAUUCAACAAAGAGAUACGUGGUGAAAUAGUUGCCACUUUGAGGAAAGGGACCCCUGAGUGGUUUAGUUCGGUCAAAAAUUCAUUUAUGACGUCAGAAGAAUAUGAUGGGACAUUGGUAGACUUUUGUUCAGAAGUCUACGUUCAACUGAGACAUGGACUACACCAUUACCAUCCGUUAUUUGAAGGAACCAACGGAAUCCCAUAUUUUAGUGUAGUCUACAAACAAAUUGACAAACUCAUGGCCGACGAAGUGAUAAACUUCCUCAACCAAAACGAGCACAUCGACUCAUCCUACAGCAGAUUGAUAUUCUCCAUCUAUAUGGAAGUGAAAGACCUCUCAACAUUUAGUCACAAUUUACCAUCUGGAGGUGAUCACAAACUACUCUUAGUCAGGUGUCACGAGUGGUUUGAACCAUCAGUGAGUCAUUGGCUGAGUGUGUGCAAAGGAAAAGCUUUACAAAGGGUUCGUACUGCGGUCGAUUUACAAAAACCCUGCGAAGGUGAUAAGUUGGUCAAGCACAGUUCUUCAGCUGUUGACGUCGUAGCAAUGUUUUGUCAGCUUAGAGACUUUUGGAGAUUGCUCCAAUGGCCUAAAGCUCACUCAGUUUGUUUACUAUCCCAGCUGUUGGAUUGUAUAUGCUCGGCAGCGUUACUGUACGCCGACAUAACGUAUCAAGGUCUCAUGGAAACUGGCUAUUUUGACAGAUUGGGACCGUUCAGAAUAUGCGACGAAAUGUGCAUAGCCUCUAAUAACCUAGAAUAUGUAUAUAAAUUUGUGUUUCUGUUAGAAAAUUACUUCGAUUUUGUCACAUUAGAAUCUCUAACGCCAGAGAUGCAUUUUGCUACCCUGACCAACCAACUGGAUAGUACCCUAAGUCAAUUUCAGGUUAGAAUAACUGACAUAUUAAAGAGAGUAGGCCCUCAAAUGCAAGAGGCUUUGAGAAAAGCCAUGUUCCACGUCGCCUGGUCCCCAGAUACUCUACCAACACCACAGGCCGUGGAUCCUCUAUUCGACUACCUACACACGCACCUGAAAGUGCUGAAUGUGGCCUUACUCCCGCAAAAUUUUCAAAAAGUACUCUGUGAGGUAUGGGAAUACACUCUAGCAGAACUAAACCACCAAAUGGACGGUGGAGCUACCAGCGAAGACUUGCCAGCAAUGUUCCAUGAAAGGCUCCAUUCCGCUUUGGAGCUCAUGAUCGACUUCUUCCACGCAGAAGGACAAGGACUCAGCACUGAACUGCUUCACUCACCUACGUUCUGUCAAAUAGAACAGAGACUGCAGUACCACAGGACGGACACGGAGAAACUGAUAGAGAUUUUCUACAGUCAAAGACUGCACGAUCAGUAUAGCACAACGGCGACUCAAUACGGAAGCUUAGCAGUUAGAGCAUAUUUCAAUCAUGAUUCGUUAUGUGUUGAGGUUUUACAUGCUAGAGACGUAAUUCCUUUAGACCCUAACGGAUUUAGCGAUCCCUUUGUAAUCAUAGAGUUAUUGCCCAAACGAGUGUUUCCUCAUUGUAACGAACAACAGACCAACGUGCACAAAAAGACGCUACACCCAAUUUUCGACGAAUGUUUUGAGUUCAGCGUAUCAUUAGAACAAUGCAAGGCACCGGGAGCUAUGGUUGCCUUCACUGUCAUGGACCACGACGUUCUCACAGCUAAUGACUUUGCCGGAGAAGCUUUUCUCGCGUUAGGCACCAUUUCUGGAGUUGUUGAUAAUGCAUCAGUUGACAAUUUCCACGGGCUGAAACCCGUAGAGCUCACACUCAUGCAGCAGCAUAACAAAAAUAAUCCCAUCCUACAGAUACUCGAGUCCAGGAUAAACGACAGAAUGGCUGUCGAAUUUGUGAAAAAACAAAAACAGAGGUUUAGUACGAAGUAAAGUUAAUUUAUUAAACAUUACUGUCUAUGUAAUUACUUUGUAAACAUACGGCUUUCUUUAAAAGCUGUAUGGAAAAAUAUGAUAA